AUGACCACCCCGUUUAAGGAGCAGGAACCUGACUUGGUUCGAACUUACGAGUUUGUGGGCCAGAUACCGCUCUUCCACCAGCUAUCUGAUGCAUACACGCUAGACUCCGGCCCUCCUGCACCGGACCGAUAUGAGGACUCUGCCUCUUCGUCGAUUCCCGGCUCUCCAUACUCAACAGUUUCGUUCGCGUACAGUCACCAAAUGACACCGAUGCCAAGCAGCACAUCAAGCCAGCCCGCAGAGUUCCCCCCACCAGCCCACGCCGCGGAAACAGCGUCUCCCUCGCUGAACCCACCCAAACGGUUUGUGUGCACACAGUGCAACAGCGCUUUCACACGCAAUAGCAGACUCAAAGAACACUACCGCAAGGUCCACGAGGGCCACAAGCAGGUGUACCAAUGCGACCUAUGCACGAAGGUGCUCAGUUCGCGUGAAAACCUCAAUAGACAUCUUAUUGGCCACACAGACAAGUAUCUGUGCCAGUAUUGUGGCCGACGCCAUGAUAGAAGCGACAGGUAUCAACGGCAUCUUGUCAAGUGCUACCAGAAGUUCCACAACAACAGCUAG